AUGAUCAUGCGACGAGCACGAUUCUUCACUUUGUUGGCCGGUUUGAUCGCCCUGGCCAACCCUGUUUUGGGCGCGUCGGCCUCCAUCACAUCCGUGAUCCCCAAGCAAGCGCAUCAGUGUAUCCGCCUAUGUGCCUGGUUCAACUACCAGGGCAAUCUUCCUCUGGCUUUAGGCUGCGCCGACCCCUACGAGAAUGACUGCUACUGCCCGACUGCCACGGAAUCCGUCAGCAAGGCCAGCGUGGCCAUCGAAAAAUGUUUGUCCUCGCGCUGCGCUGCCGGAGACUACACCCGCGACCUCAGCUCCAUGAAAAGCAUCUAUGCUGGUUACUGUAAGGAUGCGGGAUACUCGCAGGAUGCCGGCGUCCUGGGCUACAAGGCUGCCGACCCGACUCCCAGCACCACCAGCGAUAGCGUCUCCCAGUCCAGCGCGCAGACUGGACAAAAGACGGACAGCAGCCAGGCUUCCAGAACCACGCAAAAGACAAUCGUCACACAGACCAAAGCCAGUGGCGCUGACGGCACUAGCUCUCCAGUCGUCGCGCAGGAAACAGAAACGGUGUUUGUCGAUGGGGCGAGCGGCCAUGGCAGCUCCGGCCCGUCCACCGCCGUCAAAAUCGGCGUGGGCGUUGGAGUUCCCAUGGCUGUGUUGCUCAUUAUGGCUGGUGUCGGGAUACUCGUGUGGCACAAACGACGGGCUGCCUCACGAAGCAAAACGGAGAGCGUCGUGGCAGAGGAGAAUGGCGGCAGUCGGAAACACGAUAGUGGGCUCGACAAGGAGGUCGGAGCCAUCAAGGUUAGCGAGCACCCAUUGACGCGAGCCGAGCUGUCAGCGAAAGAGAAGGCAAUAAUUGGGGGCGAAGCGGUCAAUGGAGGCGAGCAAGCUGGUCCGUAUGAAAUGCGAGAGGUUCAUGAAGUGAAUGGAAUUCAGCGCUCCGAAUCGUACGAGGUGUAUGGUGGUCCUAUGAUGGGGGUUCAUGAGGCGCACGGCAAUCAUAUGCAUAUCGAGCUACCAGAGCAGCCACUUUUGCCGAACGCUGCUGCUGAACUUCCUGGUAGCGAUGUACAGACACGACGCGUUGGAGAUGGACACAUUGUGUAG